AUGUCUCUCUGGGUAGCUGUUAUCGACGGAGACGGCAUCUCUCUCACGGUGGCUGAGAUCGACUCCGCCUCUCUCUUUCGGUGCUUCCUCUGUCUCGGGAUGCUUCUUUCAGGUCGGUUUUAUGCGUUUGAGAAGGCACAUAGGCUUGAUUCAACGUCAAGUGGUCGUGGUGUUCGCCAGUUUAAGACUGUGCUUCUUCAGCGGUUAGAGCGGGAGAAUGAAACAACUCUUGCCGGAAGGCAGAAGAGUGACGCACGUGAGAUGCAAAGUUUCUAUCAACACUACUACAAGAAAUACAUCCAGGCUUUGUUUGCUUGUACGUUCCUCGCGAUCAUGGAACCUUGUUGCAGUGUCAAGGAUAGGAUUGGGUACAGUAUGGUUACUGAUGCUGAGCAAAAAGGAUUCAUAACACCUGGAAAGGUAUCAGAUUAUUACUGAUGGUUUGUGUCUCAAGUAAUCUGAAAAGCAAUUUGUCGGUUUUGUAGGAUAAUGUUGUCGUUUGUUAAGUGUUAGGAUAAUGUCGUUGUGUUUCAUAUAGUCUAAGUGAAAUGUUUCUCUGGUUGUAAUUAGGAGAGUAGCUUGAGCUAAAAAAAAAAAAGUUCUUAAGAACCUCUAAUUAAGAAUCUACCGUUGGAACCAUUAAAACGAAAAGUUUCUUAGGAAAAAUUCUUAAGCUAAAAUAAUUAUUUAAAAAUUAACUAAGAUCUUUCUAAUGGAUCUAGGGUUAAACAUGCUCUAACUACGACAAACCAUCAAUUACGUUUUUGAACUUUUGACCUGAUAAUUCCAUACUUUAAAUACUCAAUCAAACAUAUACUUUUUUUUUUGCAUUCUAAAACCUAAAUAUUAAUUUGGAUUUAAAUUUAAUUAUACAUAGUCAGUGUUCAUCAAACUAUCUUUUGAUUUUUUUUUUGUUCU